AUGCUGUUCACUGUACUAUACGGAGAAAAGAAGAAACUAAUAAAAGUAGAUGGAGCAGAUUUCACCAGUUUAAUGACUCAAGUUAAGAAGAAAUUUUCAAUCAACGACAAAGAUCUUAUAUUUCAAGACGACACUGGUGUGGAGGUGGAUGGAGAUGUAUUUACUGACUUGCUGGAGGAGAGAUCACAUGAUAUCCUAUGGAGAGUUGUUGACAGAGAUUCAGAAUGCGCAGUCCUUGAUUCUUCCUGUAGCUCACAAACUGAAACUCUUUCAGUAUCGUCUGAGACUGAUGACAGUGCUGGACCAAGCUCCAAGAGACCUUGUUUUAGUGGAGUUUUUGAGGCAAAACAGAGAGAUCAUAGAAAACUCACAGACUCGACCAGGCGACACUUGGUGAACAUUGUUGUUGCGCACAUUACUGACAUUCAAAACCAUGUCCCUUCUAAAGAAUCGAAGACUCGUUGUGCUUUGGGAAUUGUAACACUCUUCCCAUCACUUAAGGAUCCAUACUCAAGAACUGGAUAUAUACUUCAAGAUUUUGACAUCCAAUUUGGAACAGAAACAGCCUCCAGACUUCUUGAACAAUGGGAUAGUCUAAAGCCCAAGAUCAUUGCAGAAGCAAGAACGCUUACUUCAACCUUGCAUCUGAACAGCCUGCUUUCAGAUGCCCAGGGUAACAGACAAGAUGAGGGGAAUAAAUCUACCAAGAUAAGCAUCAGAGAGGCAAUGGACCAUAUUGUGCAGUUUCACAAGGCUUGCCGUAGUCUAACUGAACACAUUAACAAGACUGAAGGUCUUCAACCACAUCUCCUUGCAGUUGGCUCAGCGAAGAGCGUCAUCCAUGAUUUUUACAUCGUGAUGGAUGGAAAACUGCUCCCAUGUCAGGCAAAGUCUUCACUUUCUGCCUUUGAUGAACUUUUUAAAGCAUACUUUGUCUUUAGCGUGUCUUAUCCUCACUGCUUAAGUGCAAUGUAUACAUUCAUCCAGACAACUAUCUACAAGAUAGAUCUUGGUAUAGUUCGUGAAACCCCUAGGGUUAAGGACCUACGAGCUAAACUUUUGAACUAG